AUGUUUCCAGAAAAGCAAAAACCAAGUAAGGGAAUACGGCAAGGAGACUCUUUAUCCCCAUAUAUCUUUCUUUUGGUGGUAGAAGUCCUUUCUAAAUUGAUAAAUGAUGUCGUGGAGAGAGGUCAGCUUUUUGGGUUUCAAGUUGUCGAAAACUGUUCGAUUAUUUCUCAUCUUCAAUUUUCAGAUGAUACGCUUAUUUUUAUUGAUGCAGGCGUGGAAGAAGUUAGAAGGCUUUUGAUUAUUUUGGCGGUUUUUGAAACUAUCAUCGGCUUGAAAUUGAAUUUAGAAAAAAGUACAAUGAUAAGUGUUGGAGAAGAUGUUGUGAUUGAGGUUUUAUCUAGGGAGCUUGGUUGUAAGACGGAAAAAUUGCCUUUCAUUUAUCUUGGAAUGCCAAUUGGGAAGCAUUGGCAUAGUACUUCGGUGUGGGAGUAUGUUCUCAUCAAAAUGGAGCAAAAGUUGGCGACGUGGAAGAAAAGAAAAUUGAAUAAAGCAGGUAUACUUAUUAUUAUCAAGAGUUGUCUUGCAAGUUUACCAAUUUACUACUUGUCUUUAUUUCAUCUUUCGCUUAGUGUGGAGAAGAAGAUUGUGCAGAUUAUGCGUAAUUUUUUGUGGGGUGCUGCGGAAGGUAAAGGAAAUUAG